CAAAAAGCAGCUCACCAAACGCGACCAUCAUCAACUCCUAUAUAUAAUCCCUCUAGAUUCCUUCCUUAUCUCUCUCCUUUCAUUUUCACUCUCCUCCUUCUUCCUUCUCUAUCCUUGUGUGUGUGUCGGUGAUCAGAUCUCCUCUCGAUUUCUCCUUGCCGACGAAAACGUGCGUUUAAAGCAAUGCUGUUCCCACUCACCUUUCAGCAAUUGCUCGAUUUAGCUUAAUCUGGGGUUUUUUUUUUUCGGUUUUCGUGGGUUUGGUGAGAGAGAGAGAGAGAGAGAGAGAGAGAGAGAGAGAGAGGGUUUCUUCUUCUUCCGAGGCGGAGAGGUGAAUGAGAAAUUCGCCUGCGAUUCUGUCUCUGUCGGUGAAGGAUUGCCGGAGCAGAAGCAGGUGGGAUUCAAGCCUCGCGAUUUGGAGCAGCGGUCGAUGGGGCCAAUGCGGCUGAUCUGAUUCCUCUUCGUCCUCGAUUCGAUUCCCCCUAAAAUUUUAGAUCGGACCUGAUUUCCCGGGAAAUUCGGUCUUUUAGGGUUUUAAUUUCCGGGGUUUUGUUCAGUUUCACCCGUUGAGUCGUCGAUACAUCACGAUGCAGCAAGAUCAUCGUAAGAAGAAUAAUCUGGAGAUGGAGUUCUUUUCUGACUAUGGCGAUGCCAACAGAUUUAAAAUCCAAGAAGUAAUUGGAAAAGGCAGCUAUGGAGUCGUUUGCUCAGCCAUAGACACCCUUACGGGUGAGAAAGUGGCGAUAAAGAAGAUACAUGAUAUAUUUGAGCAUAUAUCCGAUGCUGCGAGGAUCCUGCGCGAGAUAAAACUGCUCAGGCUCCUAAGGCAUCCAGAUAUAGUUGAAAUUAAGCACAUUAUGCUUCCUCCUUCGCGGAGAGAGUUCAAAGAUAUUUAUGUUGUGUUCGAGCUGAUGGAAUCGGAUCUUCAUCAAGUUAUUAAAGCCAAUGAUGAUCUGACGAGAGAGCAUUACCAGUUUUUCCUGUAUCAGUUACUGCGUGCACUGAAGUACAUUCAUACAGCUAAUGUCUACCACCGAGACCUGAAGCCGAAAAACAUAUUGGCAAAUGCAAACUGUAAACUUAAGAUUUGUGAUUUUGGAUUGGCAAGGGUUGCAUUCAAUGAUACUCCCACUACAAUCUUCUGGACAGACUAUGUUGCUACAAGAUGGUAUAGAGCUCCAGAGCUUUGUGGAUCUUUUUACUCUAAGUAUACACCCGCAAUUGACAUCUGGAGUAUAGGCUGCAUUUUUGCGGAAGUAUUGAUGGGAAAACCUCUUUUCCCUGGAAAGAAUGUGGUUCACCAGCUGGAUCUUAUGACUGAUCUGCUAGGGACACCUUCACUGGACACUAUCUCACGGGUAAGGAAUGAGAAGGCAAGGAGGUACUUAACAAGCAUGAGGAAAAAGCAACCCAUUCCGUUUUCUCAGAAAUUUCCAAAUGCAGAUCCUUUGUCUUUGAAGUUGUUGGAGAAGCUUCUUGCCUUUGAUCCAAAAGACCGGCCAACUGCUGAAGAGGCACUUGCCGAUCCGUAUUUCAAGGGAUUGGCAAAAGUGGAAAGGGAGCCUUCAUGUCAACCCAUCACGAAGAUGGAAUUUGAGUUCGAGAGAAGAAAAGUCACUAAAGAGGAUAUCAGAGAGCUAAUAUCAAGGGAGAUACUUGAGUACCAUCCUCAACUGCUAAAAGACCACAUGAACGGGGCUGAUAAAGCCAGUUUCCUCUACCCAAGUGCUGUUGAUCAAUUUAGAAGACAGUUUGCGCAUCUCGAGGAAAACAGCGGGAAAACUGGCCCUGUGGCACCUCUAGAGAGGAAACAUGCCUCUCUUCCCAGAUCAACAGUUAUACACUCAACCGCAGUUGCACGAGGAGGACCACCGAAAUUUACGAACAACACAAACACGUCGAGCCCUGAAACUACUCAAAACAUUCCUUUUAAUCAUCAUGCAACAUUACAAGCACCUCAAAGAAACCUCUCAGCCGCCAAACCAAGCACGUUUAUGGGCCCAGUCGCCCCUUUCGACGGUGGCAGAAUCAGCAGAGAUGCAUACGACCCGAGAUCAUUCAUCCGCAGCACUAAUCUCCCAUUUCCACAACAGUCAGCGGCAACAGCCGUCAUGGGAAGGCAACAAGAGAGGAGAACAGCAAUGGAGCCUGAGAAGCAGGCAAGACAAAUAUCUCAGUGUAAUAGAUACGCACCAGACGUAGCCAUCAACAUAGAUAGCAACCCUUUUAUCAUGGCUCGAACCGGAAUGACCAAAGCCGAAAACAUCAGUGACCGGAUCAUAAUCGAUACAAAUCUGUUACAGGCGACCGCCGGAAUAGGAGUUGCAGCAGCGGCUGCAGCUGCUGCUCCUGGUGGUUCUGCUCACAGGAAAGUUGGAGCUGUUCGGUACGGUAUGUCAAAGAUGUACUAGUCAAUAGUCAUCCACGUUAUAAGGGAAUCUGAUCACACAGAACAGAACAUUAUAAAUAAAUGGGUGUUUUACUCUGGCUCUGGCAUUUAGAAUGGGCAAGAAAGAUUCUGAUUUUUCUCACGUUUAAAAGAACCGCUGGCUACAGAAGAUGGAUCAGUGUGGAUGCACAUAAUGAUGAUGAUGAUGAUGAUGAUGGUGGUUUCAUGGCACAUCCGACGCAUGUGAUAGUGGGAGCCCAUUUCACAGGCACCACUUUGUUCUUCCAAUGUCAGUAUAAACGGAAAGCUGCAUUGUCACUUGAUCAAAUCUUUAAACAAAACAAUUAGUGUAUAUAUUUUGUUUAUAGAACAAUCAAGUUCGCUUAUUUUCUUCUUAAACAUGCUUUCUUAUUAUACUCUCACUUUUGUAUAAAAGUCCUAACAUUAAUUAAAAAAUCGAGGAAGGAGCUAAAAAAAAGUCGGCAUAACAUCUAC